UUCACGCCAAGUUCAUAUAUAACAGCCGUUUUGCUUAGUGAUGUCAUUUUUGGUUGUUUUCUGGUUUGUAUUUUUGUGUCUUUUCAUUUAAACUUUAUGCUUUGUUCGUAUCACUCACAAUUUAUUAUUUCUUAUUACAAUAUCAAAAUCUCGAUUCAUUUCAUGAAAUUCAUUAAUGUGAUUUUAUUUUUUCACUUAUUCCAAUCAUGUCGUUUGAACUCACUCCCCAUCAUCAAUCGCCAUCAUCAAUAUUUAUUGUUUUUCUUCAAAAAUAAAUAAAAAUGCGACACUUAUUCCGAUCUGCCAUAAAAACAACGUAACGUUAAAAGAGAAAAAUGUCGAAAUUUUUUUAACAUCAUAAACGCAUACAUACCCACACACAUAUCAUAAUAUACAUAUGUAAAUUAAUUUCCAUCAAACAUACAUACAUACUUACAUGUAAUUUAUAAAUCAAAAUGCACUCACGAAUUGGCUAAUUGAAAAUUGAAAUCGAAUUCCCUCAAAAAAAAAAUAUAAUGCCAACCAACAGCGUCUAACGCAGGACAUUUGCAAUUUGAGUACGCUCUGCAGCAAUUACAAAAAACUCUCACCGACAGUUGAGUUUUCGCCUUUGCAACAGCAAUUACUCUGCCCCAACCAAACGUCGUUGCACAACAUAACAACCGACGAGGGCGAAAUCAUUGGCAAUGGGGCGGAAAAUGAUGCGGAGAGCAUUUUGAAUUUGCUUAAAAUGUGGCAGACAGAAGGUCAAUUCAAUGAGCUCAAGAUUCGUGACUUCCUCAGCACGUUUGUUAAAUGCCAGCGGUGUGUACCAGAGCAGAAGCAGGAGCACAGCAACAAUGAGCGUUUGCGUGUGUACGCCAACCAAUUGCAGAAUGUAUUGUCAGUGCUGCAAGCAUGCGAAGAAUCAACACUCAAUUAUGCAGAUUUGCAAAAGCUACGCUGUGACAUUGAGAUAGUUAAGGCGAACGCAAAUUGGUCAAGUAUAAUCGCUGAUCGAGCGGCGGAAGUGAAUUGUAACAAUGGCAAGCUGUUGAAAGCUAAUAGCAAUAAUAGCAAUGAGGAUGUCAAUGCCAAUGCGGCGUUUGAGGAGAAGGAAGUCAAUUGAUUAGUUAAAUAAUUAAAUGGUGGGUUUCCUAUAAAUAGAAUAUGACAAAAGGUUAGUCAGGAUAUUUAGAUGAGGAAUCAGCAUAAUUCGCUCCAUACGCCAUCCAAAAAUGUCCAUUUAUGUAUAUUUAUUAACUAAUUAGCGUUAUUUAUUGCAUAAUAGAACUUACGUUUAAGGGUCUAAAAUGCCACAGAAAUGAGUAGUUUUGUAAAGUAUGCUUAGCAUUUGUCGUCAAUCAUUCAUUGCUUGGCUUCUUUGGGCAAUAAUUUGUUCGGAAAAGAGACUAGCUUAUGUAUAUGCAACAAGUAGAGACUUAAAUAACGUUACUGAAAUUUGAGAAAGCUUUUGUUUUUGAAAUUAUUUAUUAAUACUAUGAGCAAAAAGUAGUAACACUUUGUUCAUAGUUUUGAAAUUCUUAAUUUAUUCUUUAAAAUCUAUGUUGGCCCUCAAAGUAAUCCCCCUUGGUCACAAUACACUCGUGCUAACAUUUUGUCCAAUCCUCGAAACAGUUGUUAAAGUCAGUUUCCGGAAUAGCCUUCAGCUCACGCAUCGAUUUUCGUUUAAUGUCUUCAAUUGACUCAAAAUUCCCCGGAGCUGUCGUUUGAGUUUGCUGAAUAGCCAGAAGUCUCACGGAGCAAUAUCAGGCGAAUACGGUGGUCGCGGCACUAUAUUGGCUGAAAAUUUAUCGAAAUUUUGCUAAAAACCAAAAGUUGUCGGCCCAUAAUUCUGACCUCUUACAAAUAGCUUCGCGCAAACAAUGAAUUGCACUCAAAUAGUAUUAUUUGUUGGCAGUUUGGCCGGUUUUCCGGCAUCGGCUCACCUUUGCCACGAUAAUCGGUCGAUUUACCGGCUGUUUCCAGAUCGUACGAAUAGAUCUAAGACUCAUCGCCAGUUAUAAGACCUUUCAUGACAGCCUGGUCGUCGGAAAGCAUUUCCCAGACGCUAACGCGACGCUGCUUUUCAAAAAAAUUAGUGGUUUUAUAGAAAAAUAUAUAAAUAAUUUUUAAAAAUAAUAAUUUUAUAAUAAAUUAUAAAAAAAAUAUUUUUUUGUUUAGAUAAUUUUUUAUGAUAAGUUUAUAUAAAGAACUCGGCAAAAUUUUUAACCGCUUGUUUAACAAAAACAUGACUCUUUGAGUUAUUUUUAAAGUCUGACCUACCCACUGAAAUUAUUAAAAUUGAUGCAGUAUUUGAUUUGAAAUACUAUUUUGUAUAUCAAAAGUAGUACAUUUAUCGAAGGUUUUCUCACUUUUUAGUAACGAAUGUGAAAAACAUUAAGGACUAUAUAGCGAACCAUGCUAUAUAAGAGUAUAGAAUAUUAAUAAAGAGUGCGUUUUCGAAAUAGCCUUUGUAUGUAAAGUUGUGCGGUACUAAUAAAUUUAAGUCCAAUAAUACUAUUUAUGAAAAAGUAAUUAGCUUUUAAUUUAAUUUUAUUAAAUAUAUUAUGUGUCCUUCUUUAACACCUUAUUACAGAGUACAUCUAAUCGCUUUGCUCAAAACUUACAUUAUUUGGAGUUUUGUUCGAAUACAAUAUAUUUGUGGUCAUUAAUUAUGUAGAUUUAUGCUUAGAUAUUCUAAUGGAAAGGUUUUCUUUAAUGAUAGUUGCUUAAACAAGCCAAUGCGUAGCUAGUUCUUGUUAGUAUUAUUCUGCCAACUAAUUUUCAAAAUUAUAUUAAAAAUUUUAAACGUAAACUUAAUUAUACAAUUAUUAUACUUAAUCAAUGGCCAAACAUUUCCAAAUUCCAAAAUUGUUGAUAAUGAAUUAUUAUUCGAAAAUACAUAUAUAAGGCGCGUAGUUAUGUAUGUUACAGUGUUAAAUGUUGAUUAUACUCGAAUUUAAUAAACACUAAAAAUAAAAACAAUUUACAAAAAUUA